AUGGGUGGUGUAUGGGAAAGGCUUGUUGGAUCUGUGAAAGGAAGUUUCCAAAAGUCAGUUGGAAGAAAGAAACUGUCAUUUGAACAGAUGGCUACUGUAGUCACUCGUAUAGAAGCAGUUAUAAAUACACGUCCACUCAGAAAACUCACAGCAACUGAUCUUUCUGAAAUUCCACUCAGACCUAUUGAUUUUCUACAAGGAAAUUUCAAAUUCUCAAUUCCAAUUUCUGAAAUGUCCAACUUCAGAAACGAUCCCACAUUUGAGCCAGAGUUGAUACAAACAGCUGCUCAUCUUCAGAAAACAUUGCAACAAAGUUCUGGGAGAAAUGAAACACUGAAUAUCUUACUAUUUUACGUGACAGCCAAAGAUGUCAAUUGA